GGAUUUGGAGAGUGUAACGCUGACAGGAAACAUGAUAUGGUUCAAGAUGAUAUGCAACUCUCUGAUUUGCACAAGGAUUUACAUAAUCUUUUUUCCCUGCUUGAUGACAUGACCAACAAAGGGCUUUGCCAUUUUUCAGAGAUACUGACAGAUGGCUUGACUAAGUUCAACAAAACCCGUUGGAAGCUGAAACAGAUCAUUAAAGAAUGUCUUCCUAAAAUUGCUGAGGAGCCAACAUGGUAAGCACCACCUGGAUACUAUGAAAGAGCUAUCUCAACUUCUCAAGGACCCUCACAAUUCCCGCAGAAAUCAUGCUAUACUUCCUGCUCCAUCAUCUCAAUCCUCUCAUGCUGCUGCUAUCAGGGUACUUAAUGAACUUGAGGACUUACCUUUUAGGAGGAUACAAGAGAAGCUCAAAAGGAAGGUCAAAGUAAGUAACACACAACGAAUGGCAAACCUCAAAUUGAAAAAAAGAAUGUAUUUGUAAUUUUUUAUUAAAAAGGGAAUAAAGGAAGAGAGGCUUUCUGUUCACUUGGACAUUUUCGUGUAAUUAAAAUCUGCAUUUUUGUAAGAGCGUCUUACCUCAACAUCCACUCAACAGAGUUAACAGCCGUAUCUUUUUCCAAUAGGAAACAAAACUUGCAUUCCACAGGGAGAGAAAAUGUACAUAAAUGACGGAUAAGAAAUCCAUCCAAAAAGCAUAAAAGAUACAAAAAUACUUUUUAAAGAUGCUCACACUUGCUGUCUGGGAAAAGGAGAUUAGGGAGGGAAGAGACUUAGGUUGU